UGAAAGAGAUCGCACACGGACCUCAGCUCGUGAUUUUGAUGCUUUUCAUCACGACUUGCAGAAUGACAGGAUGGCAUUCUACCUCAGCCCACCAAAGGGAACCGUGUCUUUACAAAGACUGCAGAGCUCCUGUAGUCAGCGUCUGGCCUUCCUGAAGGAAGUGUUCGCCCGUGGCCGGGACUUGUCCAAACUGUCGGAGUUGACUUUUCUCAGCAGGACUGUGGAGAGGUCAGACUGUCUUAUCGAGGGCUCCAGGAUAGACCAGGCAUCGCACUUCACACUCAGGCUGGCAUGUUGUCAGGACGCUGGCAUGUCCCGCUUUCUGUCAGACUCUGAGACAACGCUGUUCUGGUAUCGCUUCUCCUGCAUGGGGAAACAGCAGCUGCUACACCUGUUCCACAGAAUCAGGAAGUACGAAAAAAAACUCCGCCACCAAGAAGCCGAAAUCGGGAAGUCCGGCAGAGAUCUGAAGACUGAAAAAAAGUUGCAAGAUCUGUUGAACGUUGUGACAAGUUGUACGCGUGGCUCCAGGUUGGAACAUAUAGUGGAAUCUUACUUACAGUAUUCUCACUCACAGUGCAGUGAUCUAACUAAAAGCAGAGUCAAACAGGAACAAAAUUGGUCUGAUAACAGGACGAACCAUAACUCUCAGGAUGACCAUACCCUGCACUGUCAGGAUUGUUGUGUCAGCAAACGACCUUCACUAGACUUCAAGGUCAAACCAGAAACUCGUCAUUCAACCCCGGAGGAAAAGAUUUUCCUGAAGGUCCCAUUUCAGUACGCACUGCAACUAAUCGCUGACAGAAGGGUGUGCCUGCACAAGGGGUUUGCUUACGUACCUUGUAUCUACCUGUCAGAUAUUGUUGCAAACAUUUUCGAACAGUGCCUUAGAUUGGGUAUAGAAGUUGCCCGGAAGGUGGUCCCCCUCGCGCUCAGUGAUUGGCGGAUGCAGGAGACAUUCCGUGCGCUGUGGUUACAGUUUUUUGAGGAUGGUUGCCGUAGUGAUGAGAAGACGGGUGUGGUGUUUGAGAGCAUUGGUCAUCAGGAGGUGGACAGACUGGUGGAGUUCUUCCCACCCUGCAUGGGUCAUCUGCACAGGACCCUGAGACACAAGCACCGUCUCAAACACUUCUCAAGGCUCCAGUACACCCUGUUCCUGAAGGAGGUGGGUCUGUCUGUACAGGAGGCGCUGUCUUUCUGGAAGCAGGAGUACAGCAGGCCUGGCUGUGGGGAGGGCUGUACACAUCACUGGGACAGGGAUGGCAGGAGGUGAGUACAGCAAGCCUGGCUGUGGGGAGGGCUGUACACAUCACUGGGACAGGGAUGGCAGGAGGUGAGUACAGCAGGCCUGGCUGUGGGGAGGCUGCACACAUGACUGGGACAGGGAUGGCAGGAGGUGAGUACAGCAAGCCUGGCUGUGGGGAGGGCUGCACACAUCACUGGGACAGGGAUGGCAGGAGGUGAGUACAGCAGGCCUGGCUGUGGGGAGGGCUGCACACAUGACUGGGACAGGGAUGGCAGGAGGUGAGUAC